AAUUUCUCAGUCUUACUUUAUUGCUUAUUCUAUUUUUCUGAGAUGAGUGAACUGUCGCAGUGGAUCCAAUCGCAAAUCAGCCAUUACAUCUUUGCCGGCGAGACUGAGCGCGAUGUCCAGCGACUCCUCGCGUCCCAGCGCAACCUGCGGCCCAGCAUGGAACGCUACACGUUCAUGGACGGACACGAGGAAACAAUGAUGUGCUUGAAAGGAACACUGCCCAUCUCAUAUCGCGGAGCGUCGUACAAUAUUCCGGUCGAAAUUUGGCUCUGCAUCGACCACCCUUCGAGCGCACCCAUCUGCUAUGUCGUGCCCACAUCCACAAUGCGCGUUCGGCCAUCGGAGCGUGUCGAUGCAAACGGCAUGGUGAUGCUCCCAACGCUCAGUCAAUGGCAAUCGGGGACAUCCAAUCUGACAGACCUCACGCAGGAUAUGGUGCGCGCGUUCAGCAUCCAGCCGCCAGUGUUUUCGCAGUCAUCCUCGUCUGGCGCAACUCCUCCUCCACCCUCCCAACCUUCGCAACCCUCCCAUUCAUCAUACUCGUCUUCUUCUUCAUCGGGAGGCGGCUAUAAUGCGCCCCUCCCUGCCAUCCCUCCAGCGGCGUACACGACCAGCAACCUGCCCUAUCCGGUUUUCGGCACCAACAAUCCUGGCACUGGAUUUCCCCAAUCCAACGCGCGCAUGCAGAUGCCGUCCCUUCCAAACGCUGCCGAGCAGCACCGGAUUGCCCAAGGUGGCUACAUGCAACAACAGAGCUGGCAGCAGUCACAACCACAGCAACUGCAACAACAACAGCAGCAGCCACUAACGCAACCGCCGGUGCAGGCCAAGGCGAGGGAGGCGCAAAGCAACGCCGAGGCCGAUGAAGAGCAGCAGGUCUUGCUCGAGUCCAUCAAGAGCGCUGUGGCCGAGCGGUUGCGGGAAAAGCUGCGCAACAAGCUGUCGGACGCCGAGGAGCGCAUCCAGCUGCUGCAACAGGAAAAUCGCGAGCUCAUCAGUGGACGAGACCAAGUCAACCGCAUGCUUGCCAACAUGGAAGAAGAGCAGGUCAAGCUCGAGGAAAAUUGCGUUCGGCUCGAUGCUGCCAUGGAUGAGAUCAAGCGAAACAUGGCCAGGCUCGCGAGUGCCGGUGAUAUUCCCGUCGAUCAGGCUGUCACAACCUCGACGCCCUUGUACAAGCAGCUGCUCCAGAUGGUUGCCGAAGAAAGUGCGCUCGAAGACGCAUUGUACCACCUUGCAAAUGCACUGCAACACCAUGUCAUUGAUCUUCCGGUUUUCGUCAAGCAUGUUCGAACGCUGUCGCUUCGCCAAUUCAUGCUGCGCGCCAAGAUUAAGAAAGCGCGUGACGUUGCCCAUCUCCGAGAUAUCUAAAGCUUGCGAGAGAGAGUGAGAGAGAUUGGGGGAAUUGAUCGUUGUUAGUCAGUAUAUACGUUGGAAUCGAGAGCAACACUUUUUUUUUUCCCGCCAUGCACAGUGGAAAUUUUUUUUCCGAAUUUCAGAAGAAAAUCCGCCGAAUUUUGGUCAAAGUUCGGAAAACAGUUUUUGCCAGUUCUAUCGGUCAAAAUUCGGUGCAUCAGCAGAACGCGAAUACGAAAAUUGCUCGACGACCGAUUGGUCAGCUAUUAUUAAAAAUGAUUUUUGUAUAAAAUUUAUUGUAUUAUUG